AUGGCUUAUACGGAAGAAAUCAUAUCGAAUAACGAUGAAUCACAAUGGAUUAAACAAAAUACCGAAAAAAUUCAUUUAAAACUUUUAUUUGAAUUACAUGGAUUUAAAAAUGAAAUAAAUGAACAAUUUAAUUCGUUGAAAACUAAUUUAGAUUUACAACAAAAGAAACCUUUAGAAAUGUUGACUAUGAAUUCAUCAUCUCGUCAAAUAACUGAAUCUCGUAUAUUUAUUCCUCGAAAUUCACUUUUAACAGAUUUAUUUCAAAUAUCACAUAUUCAAGGUUUAAGAAAUGUUCUUGUUGCUAUAUUAAUUAUAUUUAUUAUACAAGUAACAAUUGAUGAUAUUAUAGAAGAUGGAAGACUUAAUUUAGAUUUUAAUUUAAUUUUUGAAUCUUUUGCUGAUUUACAUAUUGCACUUUUUAUUUGGUUAAUUAUGCAAUUAUCUACAGCAAUUAUUGUUUUUAUGGGAUUUUAUUAUUGGACUAAAAAUCGAUAUAAUUAUCGCAAACAUUUAAAAUCAAAAUCUAAUGAAGAAAAAUUUCUUUGUCCAGAUUUUUCUCAAUAUUUAUAUUUUUUAUUUGUACCAACAUUAAUUUAUCGUGAUCAAUAUCCACGUAAUAAAAUAAUUCGAUGGAGUUUUGUUUUAAAAAUGUUCGGAGAAUUCAUAAUAUGUAUAUUCUAUGCUUAUUAUAUUAUUGUUCGUUUUUGUAUACCAACAUAUGAGAAUUUAAAUAAAACAAAAAUAACACUAUCAAUGUUUAUAUCAAUUUUAUUUAAUUCAAUUAUGCCUGGAAGUUUUUUUCUUUUAUUAAGUUCUUAUGGUUUUUUACAUUGUUGGCUUAAUGCAUUUGCAGAAAUGCUUAGAUUUGCUGAUCGAAUGUUUUAUAAUGAUUGGUGGAAUUCAACAUCAUUUGCAGCUUAUUAUCGAACAUCGAAUGUUGUUGUACAUGAUUGGCUUUAUACAUAUGUUUAUAGAGAAAUUUAUAUUCUUAUGGAUCGAAAAAGUCGUUCUAUUCCUACUAUUUGUGUCGUACUUUUAUCAGCUAUAUUUCAUGAAUAUGUUAUGGUAUUUGCACUUGGAUUUUUUUAUCCAGUAAUAUUUUUAGUUUUUGGUGUUGUUGGAUUGGUUUGUCUAUUUUGUCUACCACGACAAGAAAGUGUAACAUAUAAUAUACUUGUUUGGAUAUUACUAUUUAUUGGUGUUGGUCUUGAAUCAUGUCUCUAUUUUAUGGAAACUUAUGCAAGAAAAUCAUGUCCAUCAAAUAAUACAUUUUGGGAUAAAUUAAUACCUCGAUCAUUUGUUUGUUAUAUUUCAUUACCAUCAAGCAAACAUUUAAAAAUAGAUUUAUAA